AUGGCAGUGCCGCUCGUCUUCCAGAGCCUCGGCACGCGCGUCGCCAUCUUGGCCUGCUUCUGGGCUGCCCUCCUCGCAAGCAUCCCAUCUUGGCUUCGACUCACCACGAUCCAGCGGUUACCAUUACCGACACGCCAGGUGGAAGCGCUGCAACACUCGGGAUCGUGUCCGGUCACAUUUCAAGCCAGCCUUUCGGUAUAUGUUGAUCCCGCGAUACUGCCACAAGACGAUGCAGAGGGACGCAGCGCCGAUACGUUUCUGCAACAGGUCGAGCAGCUCAUACAGCAGAGUCUCGAGAUCAAGGCGGGUCUCCCGGCCGCUGCUUCUCUCGAGUGUACGCGGUGGAAGGUCGCUGCGCAAUCGACAGUGGCUGUAGACAAUGUAGCAUCAGUCGAGCCAGAGACGGCCUCCUACGCGAUAUUGGUGCUGAGCGAAGCGCCGGCACCUGACAAUCAUGGUUGGAUCCCAACGGUCUACCUUCCCGAUGAAGAUGAGCCGGCGUCGCUUCCACUAGUACCGGACACGAUCAGCGCUGCUGUCAUUGCUGAACUCCUCUCAUUGCGGGGCGACAAAGCGCCUGCAAGCGCCGACGAGGCUUCGAACGCAGCAAUCGCGGACAUGGAACAAGAUCCGCGCGUCAUCCAGUACAGCAAGCACGUCCGACUCGUUUUCAGCGUCAUGAAUCAAGACACCGCGGACGGAGGCGCGUAUGACAGCUCGCUCAUCCAUGCUCUGGCAAAUGCGAAUGAUGACGCAGACAAUCCGAUCACCAAACUCAGAAGAGAGCUCAGCGACCUGCACGACUUCCAUGUCGAUACGCAGGUUCAGUGGUUCGCACCUUUGCAUUUCCAGCCUACGCAGGAGAUUUUCGAGGAAAUUGUGGAGGGGGAGGUGGAAGAGGAGGUGAUAGUGGAUGAGGAGAUUGAAGAGGAAGUGGAGGAGGAGGUCGAGGUCGAUGACGAAGACGAGCCGUCGUUGACGGGGCGCGUCGCAGAUGAUUCAGAAUCGGAGGCAGAGCCAUCCGAGACAUCAUCGGAGGACAACGAACGAGAAGAAAGCGAAGUCGAAGGGCAGCUCCAAUCCGCAGCAGCCAAAGCAAAACGCACAAAGCUAAUCACCGUCAAGCGCAAACGCAUCAUUCAGGUUCCGGAGCUUCAGCGGGUCGUCAAGCAGACCCGCACUCGCCUGCCACCACGCUACGUCGUCGAAUGGGACGACCUCAAAGUAUUCGUCAACUCGGAAGAGUGGAGUCUCACCUCGACCGUCCCGCCCACCUCCUCCGCGGACGACUCGAGCCUCGGCCGACCGUACGACGUGCUCUCGCAGACGCACGAUCUGCACUUCCUGCUGUACAUCCCGAGCAAGUCGCAUUCGCCGCUGCUGAUCCGGGACACGGUAACGGGCGGGGUGAACGAAGCGUCCAAUGCGUGGCUGAUCCCUCAAUGGGGCGGUGUGGUCAUCCUCAACGUCGACGAUGGGCGAAACGUUUCGAGCGGCUUGAUCGAUCCUUCGCUCGAAGCCGAGAAGGGCCGUAUCCAGGAUCUACCGCAAGACGACGUCCAGCAAGCGAUCUCUCUCUUCGCGUAUCAACUCGAGAUCCUCCUUGGCCUGGGGGACGUACGUCUACCAGCCCGAUCUCUGCAUCGUCGAGUGCAGCUAUCGACGCUGAAACAGCGACGCAUCCUCGAAUUGGCCCGGGAGAGCACCUCGGCGCUGCUCGCCAUCACCCGCCUCGUCUCGCGCAUCGAGAACCUCGGUGUAGGACCCGACGUCACGGCCGACACCAAAGCCGCAUUGACCAUUCUGGAGUCGCUCGCUGAACAAGAUCUUGGGUUGGACGACAUGCUGGCGCGGGUCAAAGAGGCACAUGCUUUGAGCAACAGGGCUUUUUUCAACCCGGACAUGCUCGGCCUGCUGUACUUCCCCGACGAGCACAAGUAUGCGGUGUAUACACCCUUGUUCGCCCCCCUGCUCGUGCCGUUGUUGGUAACGAGCGUCAAGCUGGCCAAGGAGGUAGCGGCGGGGAGGAAGAAGGUGGCCAAGGGCAAGGGGAGACGGUCCACUUGA